AUGACAUCGAAGAUGAGGUUUCUGGUAGCGACAAUCCUAGUGAUUGCGGGAUGCGCAACCCUCGCUGUUUCUUCCGAAGAUGAAACCAAGGGCCAGUCCGGAAAGGACAAAUGUGAAAGGCUUGUUCCAUUGCCACCGUCGCAGGAAUCGUACAGGCUGACUUGCACGUACAGGUGCAAGGACGAUCCCUCUCGCUUUGAAGAUGAACCAGAUGGUAUCCCUUGUGGGCAUAUUCCGGCAAUACGAAAAGUGAGUGCUUGCAAAAAUGGAACGUGCGUGUUGUCUCGCCCGCUCCCCUGCCCACCAGAUGAGUCGGAAGGCACCAAGACUUCGGCAUCUGUGAGCACUGAGCAGUCUAACUCGACACAAGUGCAGUAGCGCGAAAAUCAGAACCUCUGGAUCCGUGUCCGCACCUAAAUGACACAUAAAAGUGCCUAUUUUCGAAAACGCAGCCAGACAAUG